UGAACCCGGCCUCGUUACAUCACUGUGAGCCAUAAAAGCUCAUUUGAGACUCACCAGAGUAGAACUGUGGGACAAAGAGAGAGAGAGAGAGAGAGAUAUUACCCCCUCUGACUCCAACACCGAGAGACUCACUCAUUUCCCCCACUCUCAACAGCUGAGUUCAACGCGACUGGACUCUCUCUCUGUCCUCUGGAUACCUUUACUCUUCAUAGAAAAUGGAGAUUUAUGUCAAGGAUGUGAAGAAACCAAGAUCAGUGUUCAGCAAUAUAAAGAUGUUUGUGCUGUGUCAUGGCCUGCUGCAGCUCACCCAGCUCCUGUACAGCUCCUACUUUAAGAGCACCAUAACCACCGUGGAGAGACGCUUUGGCCUCAGCAGCUUCUCCUCCGGUACCGUCUCCUCUCUGCACGAGGUGGGGAACACAGUUCUGAUAGUGUUUGUGAGUUACCUGGGCAGCAGGGUCCAUCGGCCUCGUCUGAUUGGACUGGGUGGCCUGCUGAUGUCCAUCAGCGCGCUGAUCCUGGCCCUACCUCACUUCCUGUCUCAGCCCUAUGAGUUUGACUCUGUCAUACAUGAAGCAAUGGUGUGGUGGAGACCUGUGUUCCCUCCAGGGUCCCUCCAACAUGACAGAGGCCUGUGGGAAGACAGAGAUCAAGCGUAUAGCAGACACCAACAACUGUGGCUGCUCAUGGCUAUAGCUCAGCUGCUGUUCGGAGUGGGGUCUGUUCCCAUACAACCCUUUGGUAUCUCUUAUGUGGAUGACUUAGCCUAUAGCCUACUGAAACACUCGCCCCUCUACAUAGCCAUCCUGUUUGCUGUGUCUGUGUUUGGACCUGCUUUUGGCUUCCUGCUGGGCUCCGUCAUGCUGAGGAUCUAUGUGGACGUGGACAGAACCGGCUCAGUCACCAACGCUGAGCUGGCUCCUACAGACCCUCGCUGGGUGGGUGCGUGGUGGAUGGGUCUCCUCGUCUCCUCUGCCAGCCUAGCCCUGACCUCCAUCCCAUACUUCUUCUUUCCUCGCAGCAUGCCACUGGAAGGCAAUGUAAGUGGAACUGACAUUCUGAAUGAAGGCUCCGAAAAGCCUGAGAUCUCACUGCUUGAUUUCCUUAAGAUGUUCCCCAGGCUGUUUGUCCGUCUGCUCCUCAGUCCUCUGUUUCUGCUGUUGGUUCUGUCUCAGUGCUGUUUCUCUUCAGUCGUCGCUGGCCUCGCCACCUUCCUCAACAAAUUCCUGGAGAGACAGUACAGCACGACUGCCGCUUACAGCAGCCUCCUCAUAGGUGCGGUGAACCUUCCUUCGGUUGCCGUGGGGAUGCUGGUUGGCGGGGUCAUCAUGAAGAGGAUGGGUCUCUCUCUUAAGGCCAUCCCUCGUUUGUCUGUCGCCAUGCUGUCCAUCUCUGUCCUCCUCCUCAUCCCCCUCUUCUUCAUGGGAUGUCCCACACAGAGGGUGAAAGAGGUCAACUAUGGAUUCCAAGGGUCUCUGGCCAAUUGUUAUUCCAACUGCUCCUGCCCUGCUGACUCCUUCAACCCAGUGUGUGGAUCUGACAACACUGAGUACCUGUCUCCCUGCCAUGCAGGUUGCAAAGACUACACCAAAGACCCCAACAACAAAUUCAGAGUUCUGGAGUACACAGACUGUAUCUGUACAGCUCACAGCCAGGGUAGUGGUGGGGGUACUCUAACACACAAUCCCAUCUAUUCCUGUCAUGUAAUGUCUCUAACACACAAUCCCAUCUAUAUGAUGGACCUCAGAACUGUUCCCCAUGAAGAGAAAUCUUUUGCCAUCGGAGUCCAGUUUCUGCUCAUGAGAGUGCUUGCCUGGUUACCAGCCCCAGCCCUGUUCGGCAUGACCAUCGACAGCUCCUGUAUUUGGUGGAAACAUGCCUGUGGCAACCGGCUGGGCUGUGGUUACUAUGACAACAACACCCUGAGGAACAGAUACCUGGGUCUGCAGGUGGGCUUCAAGGUGAUGGGGAUCUUCCUGCUGGGGCUGGCUGGAUGGAAGGUCCAGAAGACCAGGGAGUACAACCUGGAAAAACGGCCUGAUGCACCACUGUGAUCCUGGGAUACGACUGCCUGCUUGGCUCCUUAUCUCCCCCCUCCC